UGUGUGCCCUCGAGGCGACCCCGUCGAUGCUCACUUGUCUUCCGCCAGUCUGCUGCCAGCCGGCCGUCCAUAAACUGCCAAUCAACAAACCGGCUGCCUGCCCGUCUUUCUGUGCUGCGCGAUAGAGCUGUGAGAAUUUAUGACGGAGCGUUCUUGAACUGCGGAGGGCUCAGCAAAUCUUUUCGCUUGUACAGAGAAACUAACGUAGCACAGAACGGAGCACAGAACGGAGCACAGAACGGAGCACCCAGUAACGUCGCAACCCGCAGUGGUGCGAUAGCUAUACACUGACGACAGCACUUGGUUUGCGGCGGAUCCCAGUAUCAACCAUCGAGACAAUGGUGUUAUCUGACAUCUAAUGUGCCUGGAAGAAGAGAUCCUUGUUCUUAUCUGUGAAACUGGUGAUUUUAAGGAGCAUCAUAGUAGGAUCUUCAUUCACCAGGGCUCAUCGAGUCUCUUCGCAUCACAUUCAACGAAAUUGAGUUUGGGUUUGGGUGCUACUAGAUGGCUUGGGAUGAAGCGAAUUGGCGAAGUUUCACAUUGCCUCUGGCGAAAAGCUAGUCGCCGAAAUUUGCGCAGGCCGUUCGUCGCUUUAACUAGAGGACGACGCCUCAUUAUAGACCAAAACGGUAGCACUGCAGGCGGAGAUUUUGAAUUAAGACAAACGAAAGAACGGAUGAUUGGACGGAAGGAGGAAGGAACGAAAGGACUUUGGCUGACGGGUGGGCAGAUGAAUGAGCGGAUGAAUAGAUGCACGGGCGAGCGAAUUAACAAAUGUUACACGAAAUUUAAUUAUAUCAUAGUAGACAAGGUAGUGAAUUAUAUUGUUUUAUCUGCACGAGAAAAAUCAAUUCCUAUUUUAUUGAAACUACAGGUGAAGUUGAUGAUAGGAGAUUAUUUAGAUGGGGGAUGUUGUGUUCUGAGAAACCAACCAGGCCACGACUACGCAGUGAAAACUUGUCUCAAUUGA